ACGAAACAUGUAAUACAUUUUUCAGUAAGGUUUUGCCUUACCUCGUCAACACGGAUAUAGAGAAGUAUUAUCCCGUGGGUGCCUACGGUCUUCGCGCGCUCUGUAUGGGGGCUAUACAUCCCGAUAUAGCGGUCUUGGAGAAACGUUUUAGAGGUAUUGUACCGAAGGCUCUUGAUUCUGCAGCAAAAACAUUUGCCGCAAUAUUAAAAUCUGACUGUUCCACAAAAUUUGGAUUCAACAAAGCCAAAGUUCACAACAAUCCUGUGAAGCAACUUUUACAACAGAGGGGCGUUCAAUACCCCGAGUUUUCAACGGGAACUCAAACAUCUGCGAUGCUAAGUACCCCCGCGACGGCGAACUCGGCGAUAGCCUGGCAACCUAAUUUUAACUGGAUAACGCCAUCUAACAUGGUGGUUGGCCCGUCGACAACGUCACCACAAAUAAUGCACGUGCCAUAUCAGCUCCAAUUCAACAAUCCGUUUGUGAGACCCAUAUCUGAAGAAGACGACUUGUGUUCGCCACUACCCCCAAAGAAAAGGAAGAUGUGAACAUACAAAUAGCAUGUGUCAAAAGUUUCCUUUUUGUGUAGGAUAGUACAUUCUCACCAGGUACCAUCAAAGAUUUUCUUUCUUUUAAUAUUAUCGCCUGCGAGUGAGGCAAUUCUUUUUAAUUUUCAGUACACUUUUAAAAAUAAUUUUCAUCAUUAAACUUUUGAUAAAACGAG